UUCACUGAAAGUUUCUUCGGUUUCUUUAUCUCAUGGCGAUUGAGGCAGAGACCCAACCCCAAGACAAGGCUAGCUCAGAGGUGGCGGCGACAGAGAAAAAAAGAUGGACGCUUAAUGAUUUCGAUAUCGGAAAGCCGCUGGGACGAGGAAAAUUUGGCCAUGUCUACUUAUCCAGAGAGAAGAGGAGUAAUCAUAUUGUGGCCCUUAAAGUGCUUUUUAAGGUCCAGUUGCAGCAGUCGCAAGUAGAACAUCAGCUCCGACGGGAGGUUGAAAUUCAGAGUCAUCUUCGACAUCCCAACAUUUUGAGAUUAUAUGGUUACUUUUAUGAUCAAAAACGCGUUUACUUGAUAUUGGAGUAUGCAGCAAAGGGUGAACUCUACAAAGAGCUGCAGAAGUGUAAAUACUUCAGUGAAAGGCGUGCGGCUACAUAUGUUGCAUCAUUAGCUCGGGCUCUGAUCUAUUGCCAUGGCAAGCAUGUAAUACACAGAGACAUUAAACCAGAAAACCUUCUAGUUGGUGCACAGGGAGAGCUCAAGAUUGCAGAUUUUGGUUGGUCAGUACAUACAUUUAACCGGAGACGAACAAUGUGCGGCACAUUGGAUUACCUGCCUCCCGAAAUGGUUGAAAGCGUAGAGCAUGAUGCUAGUGUUGAUAUCUGGAGCCUAGGUGUUUUAUGCUAUGAAUUCUUGUACGGCGUCCCACCUUUUGAAGCCAAAGAACACUCAGAUACAUACAAAAGGAUUGUGCAAGUGGAUCUUAAGUUUCCUCCUAAACCUAUUGUUUCGUCUUCUGCAAAGGACCUAAUUAGCCAGAUGCUUGUUAAGGAAUCGUCAAAGCGGAUGCCACUGCAUAAGCUACUUGAACACCCUUGGAUUAUUCAAAAUGCCGAUCCCUCUGGCCUCUAUAAGUGUUGAUUUGGACUCAUAAAUUGUUUGAUUAAUCAAGGUUGUUGAGUUCAAGUCCUCAAGGUUGUUCAAUUCCUUUUGUUGGAUAUGAGGAAUUGAAUCCCUGUGAACAGUCUGAUGACUCUGAUCGAAAAAUGGUCUGUGCCAGGCCAGCUUUGCUUCUGUCACUUCACUGCUCUCAAGCUUAGUAAAACAAGAUUUACUAAAUUGUAUCAAUUCAUUCGUAUGUUAAUUUCUACAUUCAGUAAUGCUUUACUAAACUGUUUUUAAUUCAUUCGUAUGUUAAUACAUUCAGUAAAAGCGUAUAUUACUUUUUUUCA